CAUGGGAGCCAAGCAGAACAAAGGCCAGGAGCCAGGUGGGGCCAGUCCUCAGCACAGCUGGAAGCGGACCCCCACCAAGGAGCGGGGGGACAUCCUGGCCUCCCUCAUGCUGAAGUCGGGGGACCGGCUGGGUCGAGGCGGGACGCCGCCGCCGCCAUACCAGCGCCGCAUCGGGAUGAUCCAGGAGAUGAUGCUGAUGGCCAAGCAGGGCAAGCAGGACGAGGCCACGGAGAUGCUGAAGACCCUCCGACAGGACCUGGGCAUGGAAUCCACAUCGCUGGACGACGUGCUUUACCGCUACGCCAGCUUCCGGAACCUGGUCGAUCCCAUCACACAUGACCUGAUCAUCAGCCUGGCUCGAUACGUCCACUGCCCGAAGACGGAGGGGGACUCUCUGGGGGCUAUGGAGAAGGUCUGUCGUCAGCUAACCUACCACCUCAGCCCCCAUUCUCAGUGGAGGAGACAGGGCCUGCUGAAGAGGAAACCUCAGGCCUGUCUGAAGGCCGUGCUGUCGGCGUCUCCGUCCAGCGGGGCGCUGGAUCUGUCCGGCAUCCCUCUGACGGCCCGGGACAUGGAGCGCCUGUGCGCCCACCUGCAGCGCCACGCCUCCGUGGUGGUCAGCCUGGAGCUGGGCUUCACCGAGCUGACGGACGAGGCCUUCCUCCUGCUGCUGCCCACGCUGGCCUCGCUGCCGCUCCUGGAGACCCUGGCGCUGAACGGAAACAGGCUGACCAGAGCCAUUCUGAAGGAGCUGACCGACGCCCUGAAGGAUCCAGGCAGUUUCCCCAGCGUGACGUGGAUCGACCUGGGCAACAACGUGGACAUUUUCUCCCUGCCGCAGCCCUUCCUGGUGAGCCUGAGGAAGCGCUGCCCCAAGCAGGGCAACCUGCCCACCAUCCUGGAGUUUGGCGAGAGCCAGGCCAGCGACCCCCCGGAAAGGCUUCGGUGCCUGGGGGAGGAGGAGGAGACGGACGACACCAACCGCACCGAGAGCAUGGGCGAGCUCCGGUCCGAGGUGGAGGAGGAGCUGGACGGGGAGAUGGAGAUCGAGGAGAUGAUGGAGGAGCUCCUGGACUUCGACCGGGAGGUGCAGGGGAGGGACGAGGAGGAGGAAAGCAUGUGGACGGUCGGGGAGCACAGGAGGGACGGCGGGGGGAGGAGGAGGGAGAAAGGAACAGAGGAGGAGGAGGAGGAGGUGGAGGGCGAAGAGGAGGCACAGAGCGCAGAAGACCGCAGGGCCCGGAGGAGGAGGAGGAGGAGGGCGCUGAUGGCGGAGGACGAGGACGACACGCAGAGCCGCUCCUCCUCCCGCCUGUCGGGCUCCAGCCAGUCGCAGCCCUCCCUGGGGGCCGCCACGCCGAGGAGGGCGGAGGGGGACGACCUGACCGACCAGUCGGAGCCCCUCACCUGACCGCUGCUCCCGUCCUCCGCUUGUAUUCGUACCUCCCUUCCCGCCGUGGAGUCCUGCGCCGGAGAGCCCGAGUGAGCGCGCCCCGGGGAGGCUGCGGCGCCGCAUGUAACCCAACCCGGCGGGCCACCUGACACUCCCUCUGUUGAUCCGAUUAGCGAUCCGCCGCUGCUGCCGGCGGCUCCCGACAAUGACAGAGCUGAACCCAGGUGACCCCCCCCCCCACCCCCAACCCCCCAACCGGACCCUCGCUUAGAAUAGAGUAGACGGAGGCAUGUCUGUACAGAACGUCUGUCUUUAUUCAGGUCCUCCCUUCUGGUAAUCGUGCUAACUCCCACAUGUGCCUGUAACACGUCCACCAUGAGGGU